GCGACCACGAUCUACGUCAUUUCCGGUUUCUACUGUCACUAAUGUCCAAAGGAAGCAGGCUAACCGAGUGUUUAUGCUACACAGCGUUGUUUUUAAGCGAAUUAGCUCUAUUUUGACAUUUUCAACGACUUUGUUUGUACUUUAUAGGUUUGCGCGUGUGGCAUAAACGUUACAGUCGGAUUAACUGGGGGAUUUUCCUUCGAAAAGACGGGACUCCCAGAUAAGGGCAGAACACGUUGUUCAACGGCGGACUAACGGCUGUCUAAAAGUGGGUCGCCGCUUCCGGAAGAAAAGAAGUGGCCGCCACUCACUUCACUUGCCCCAGGAUGCCAUGCCACAAUCAGCAGGUGAACAAUGUCAACACCGGCCAGGAGCACCCCAUGAAGCAGGUCCGCUUUGCCAGCAGCAAUGUGGCUCCGGAGCUAAGUGAUGCUAACAGCGGCAGACCGCCGCUCAACCAAGAGCCGCUGGGGCCGCAACUUAAACUGCUGCCUCUCAACGACCAGAUCCGAGAACUACAGACAAUAAUUAGAGACAAGACUACCAGCAGAGGAGAUUUUGUGUUCUGUGCUGACCGACUGAUCAGACUGGUCGUGGAAGAAGGCUUGAAUCAACUGCCCUACUCAGAGUGCACUGUGACCACACCAACAGGGUACAAGUACGAAGGAGUUAAGUUUGAGAGAGGCAACUGCGGCGUCAGCAUAAUGAGGAGUGGUGAGGCCAUGGAGCAAGGUCUGCGGGAUUGCUGCCGCUCCAUUCGCAUCGGCAAGAUCCUCAUCCAAAGCGACGAGGAGACCCAGAAAGCCAAAGUCUACUACGCCAAGUUCCCCCCGGAUAUUUACAGGAGAAAAGUGCUGCUUAUGUACCCCAUCCUCAGUACAGGGAACACUGUGAUUGAAGCAGUGAAGGUGCUGAUUGAGCAUGGAGUCCAGCCCAGACAUAUUAUCCUCCUCAGCCUCUUCUCCACACCUCACGGUGCCAAAUCUAUAAUCAACGAGUUCCCAGAUAUCACCAUACUGACCACAGAAGUUCACCCAGUGGCUCCAACACAUUUUGGACAAAGGUAUUUCGGCACCGACUAACCCAGGAAAACCCCAGGAAAUGAAUCUUAUAAUUGUUGUUUUGUAAUUUGUUUUGCUUUAUUUAAAAAAUAAUAUUACAAUUUUCUUUGUUGUGCCAAAUAAGAAACAAGUCUCAAAAAUGUAAA